UCUCUCGCCCAUCCCUCACUGAACCAACACGCCUAAGCAAACACCGAAUCCAAUUCACCUCUCAAUCAGAUCUGCCCUUCUUCUUUAAUCUCCAUUUCUCCACACCGGCAGCUCUUCGAUUUCCGAUCAUCAAUUCUCAGAGGUUCGGAGGUCGGUUCGACUCGCUGAUAAUCCACCAUGUCUAUGUUCAAUAAGCUUUUUGGUAAACCUAAACAGGAGUCUAAUGCUCUGGCGACGCUUGAUAAAUUAAACGAGACACUGGAAAUGCUGGAGAAGAAGGAGAACGUGCUUCUGAAAAAGGCUGCCACAGAGGUUGAGAAGGCCAAAGAUUAUACCAGAGCAAAGAACAAGCGGGCUGCUAUACAAUGUUUGAAGAGGAAGAGACUAUACGAACAACAGAUAGAGCAGCUCGGCAACUUCCAAUUGCGGAUUCACGAUCAGAUGAUAUUAUUAGAAGGAGCAAAAGCCACAACCGAGACGGUAGAUGCCUUGAGGACCGGUGCAGCUGCAAUGAAAGCAAUGCAGAAAGCAACGAACAUCGAUGAUGUGGAUAAAACAAUGGAUGAGAUCAAUGAACAAACUGAGAACAUGAAACAGAUCCAAGAAGCACUAUCAAAUCCAAUUGGUGCUGCAGCCGAUUUUGAUGAGGAUGAACUGGAAGCUGAACUUGAAGAGCUAGAAGGUGCUGAGUUGGAAGAGCAACUCCUUCAACCUGCAACAACUGCUCCUGUUGCUUCAAUUCCUGUCCCUGCUGGCCGACAAACCGCUCGACCUGCUCCUCAGAAACGAACUGCCGAGGAAGAUGAGCUGGCAGCUCUGCAAGCUGAGAUGGCACUUUGAUUUAAUAUCCGUUAUGGUUUUGAAGCAGGUGGCACUGCCUGAUGGUAUAUCCAAAAGAGAGGCGAUGUGAAGAAUUGGGUCGAGGUUGUACCGAAGAUUUGAACAUUUUUUGCUAAGAUCAGCAAAGCUUGAUGAACAGGUUUCUUUGUGAUAAUACCAAAUAAUAAUGCAGAUUGAAUUUAGGCCGUAUAUACUCUGUAAAUGAAUAUAACAUUAUUGUGGUUAGUAUUAUGGGUAAGUGUCUCAAUUUCACAGAUGCCAUGUGUAAGUUUAAGUUGCUUAUUUGAAAAUCUUUGGUGUUGAGUUUGA